UUAAAGGAAAUGCUGAACACCACAAAUUGACCAAGAAUAUCAUGAGGAUGAAAGAAAUUUGCAGAGCCAUCUUGUCCUGUAUCACUGCAAGAAACUCUUCGUCCCUCAGGCACUGAGGGGUACUUACCAGGGCAAAAACAUCAGUUCAGAUGCAUUGAUGGCUGACUCAACAGCAGGCAUCGAUAAUGUCACCAGGACAAAUUCCUCUAUCAACACCACAUGUCUGCUUUCCUCAAACACCUUGACAACAUUUGCAAUGGUUGCCUAUGCGUUGAUAUGUACAGUUGGAAUCAUUCUCAACAGCCUGGCUUUCUGGGUGUACUUCUGUCAUGUUCCCAACAGCAACAGCAUCAUCAUCUACUUAAAGAACUUAGUCAUAGCGGACUUCCUGCUGGUCCUGACACUGCCAAUGAGAAUCAUUGGUGAGAACCAUGUGGGCUCAGCAGCCCUGAGGAAAACCUACUGCAGUUUCACGUCGUGCAUCUUCUACUUGAACCUGUACUCGAGCAUUCUCUUCCUGGGAUACAUUGCAGCCACGAGAUACUUAAAAAUUGUGAAACCGCUUAAAACAUACGCGUUUCACAAAAUCAAGUCCGCAAAAAUUAUUGCUGGCAUAACCUGGGGUGUGCUUCUCAGCCUUGGGUUUUCAUACAUGCUGCUGACACUGAAAAAGUCAUUCCAGAACAGUACAAAUGCCACAGGAACAUGUUUGGACUCUAGAAAAGGUUCAGGAAUUUACUGGCAAGUAUGCCUCCAUGUGGGUGGCACUGUUCUGUUCCUCUGCGUGCUCACUGGGCUCUGCUUUUUUUACUUUCAAACAGCAAAACGUCUCGACAAAUCCCCAUCUCCAAGUUCACUCAAGAAGCAAACCAAGGCAAAGAACAACAUCCUAAUCCUUCUCGCCGUCUUCUUGGUGUGUUUUGUACCCUACCACGCUGCGAGGCUUCCUUACGUUUUGACUCAGUUAAAUGUCAUCUCUGGAUGCUUUUGGAAAAAGACACUCUACCACUUGAAAGAAUUGGCCAUUGUGCUAUCAACACUGAACGCCUGCUUUGAUCCAGUGAUCUACUUCCUGUUUUGCAAGGCUUUCAGGUCAAAGUUAGGUCUGGAGAAAACAUCAAAGGACAGCGAUUCACACAAUGACCUGUCCUUACACGCUAAAGCAUCACGAUCCAUACUCGAUGAACCAUCCAGCAGUCAGUUCAAUGGUCCAAAAAAAUUGCAACGUCAAUCUUGCAAAAUCACCUUGAACUUGCAAUAGCUCUAUAUUAUUCAAAUUAUGAAGAAAGAAACAAAAGAAUCUUAAAAGAUGAUGAUAGAGCAAUGAGGAUACUAAAUGUACAUAUCUACAGGAAAAGUACUUCAGAGUGUUUGAACUGUCCUUGAAAUUAUGGUCUUAGCUGAUGGUACUACUAUAGAAUUCAGAUCCACGAUUGAAACCUGGCCAUACAUAUCAGUUAACAGAGUCCUCAUUCAUUGAAACACAGUCACUUGAGGUUGCAGAGUUUCUUAAAUUUCUGUUCUGUUGUUAAUUACACAAAAAGCAAAAACAAGAUGUGGAACACAAUUACAGUAAAUGUCUAACAUAUCCGGCAAAUCAAAGUUUCAAUCUAUUCCCCAAAAUCUUUACAGCUCCAGAAAAGUUAAUUCUCUGUAAUGAAUCUUUCUGAUUGAUUUAGCUGAUUUGCACAAAUUCCUUCCUGUGAAAUGUGAAGUGUUCUUACAUGAAUAUUCAUAAAACAGAGUUUAGCCUUUCUCAACUUUUUACAACCCACAGAUUUCUAAACUAAUCUGGAAGUCAGAAGUCACAUGACAUCAGGUUAUAGUCCAAUAGGUUUAUUCGAGAUCACAAGUUUUCGGAAUGCUGUGACAAAGGGACAGCGCUCCGAAAGCUUGUGAUUUCAAAUAAACCUGUUAAACUAUAACCUGAUUCUAACUUUGUCCACCCCAGUCCAACACCGGCACCUCCACAUCAUGGCAAUCUGGAAGCUGCACAACUAAAAUCUUCCAUCGAGAAAACAGUGGCUUCCAUGAACUGUUUUAUAUUUUUUAUUUUUAAGAGAGAAACUAUAUUGCUUUUGACCUCAACCAGGUUUCCUCCAAACUGCCUAUAUCUUUCAAUCUCUGAGUUUUUCCAGAGAUAACAUCAAACUUUGAUUAUUUUAACUAAGAAGAAAGUUAACUAUCUUAAACUUGUACACUUCCUGUUGCAAACCAGUACAGUACAACCAAUCUUCCAUAAACACUCCCGGGAUCCCUGUUCCGGAAAGAGUGCCUGACCCAAUUUCUCUUUUAAAGCCUUCACAAAAGUAACCAAGCCCAACUGGCCAUGACUUUAAACAUAAAUUCCAACAAUAUUUAUGUGUCGGACACCUCCCAUCAUAAUUUAUAGCUACGGUUUUUAUUACAUCACAAACUGCGACCCCCAUAUUUACAGCAAGGUGCCACAAAACUGCAACGAUAUUGAUUAAUGCAUCUGCCAUUGAUAAUAUUAGGCAGAGAAGAGUUUAAGAUCAUCAGUUUGUUAAUACCCUGCAACUUCUGGGGUCAAGAUCACCAGCAACUGAGGUUCGUUUGGUCACUUAAUUUUUCAACAUUGAUUACAUUUAUACACGAUCACCUCAGUUGGUCACUUGUCCUUUAUAAUGAUAUAGAUAUCCCAUUAAAAAGAUUGCCCCUCUAAUUUGUAACUGUUACCAGGUUCUGUUGUUUACUUUAAUCAUCUGACAAAUGUGCAUGGCUCUCCAUAUGAGCAUAUGAAUGAAGGGCAGGAUUCAUAGAUUCUCUACAGUGCAGAGAGACACCAUUUGGUCCAUCCAGUGUGCACCAACCCUCUGAAAAGCAUUCCACCCAUAGCCCCAUCCUGUCAUCAUAACCCCAUAUUUACUAUAUCUAAUCCACCUAUCUUGCACAUCCCUGGAUAUUCUGGAACAAUUUAGCAUGGUCAAUUCACCUAACCUGCACAUCUUUGGACU